AUGCCGGACAAGCCACAAGCACCGCCAACCGCCUAUCCUGCAAGCUCGCUAAAGGAACAAGACCAAGAAGGCGGUAAAGGACUUGAUUCGAAGCUCGCGCCAAACGCCAACUGGACACAACUCGAGUUUUGGGACGAUGAAGGGAAUGCUCCCUAUCUGAGAGAUUAUGAGGGUCGUGGCCUGCUCAAGGAUAAAGCGGUGAUUGUGACGGGUGGGGAUUCUGGUAUUGGACGAGCCGUUGCUGUGCUGAUGGCGCGCGAAGGUGCCGACGUCACCUUCGUCUAUCUUCCAGAAGAAGAGGAAGAUGCCCAAUGGACAAAGAAUCAGAUUGAGAAGGCAGGGAGGCAAGCUCAACCACUUACCCUGGAUGUCACCUCGGAAGAGAACUGUAAGAAGAUUGUCGAGGCACACAUGAACAAAUUCGGCAAAUUGUCCGUCCUUGUCAACAAUUCAGCCAUGCAAGAGAUCUGCAAUGACAUUGAAGACAUCAAUCUCGGGGUUGUGGAGAAAACUUUCCGCACCAAUAUCUUGAGCAUGUUUGCCAUGGUCAAAUACGCCCUUCCUCAUAUGAAGCGUGGCUCGAGCAUUGUCAAUUCAAGCUCGGUUGCGGCAUAUAUGGGCAAUCCUCAACUUGUGGACUAUAGCUCGACAAAAGGAGCCAUCACCACAUUCACGAGGAGCCUGGCACAGCAGUUGGCGCCUAAGGGUAUCAGGGUCAAUGCUGUUGCACCUGGGAUCAUUUGGACGCCGCUUCAGCCUGCUACCAAAGGAAACCCACCUGAAGCAAUGUCUGCGCUUGGAGUCGAGGAGGCACCCCUCCAACGGCCGGGAAUGCCUGUUGAAAUGGCCACGGCGGGAGAGACCGGCGGCGAUGGGGUGGACGUUGGUAUUUCGACGCAUUCGGACGACCGUAUCUCUCCCCAUGAGUACAUGCCCACUCUGAUCUCCUCCGGGAAAAGCGACGAACAUGAAUUCCAACACAAGGCAUCUCAGAAACACCUCGAGGAGCACGGAAGGGUCCGAGAAGACAUGUGGAUACAACAGAGCGAAGUCUACGACGACAUUCAACGGUGCCGUGCAGACUCUGAAGCGAGUAGUCGAAUGAAUCGGACCAAAAAGCGUGACAGUACCUUUGAACGUCAACAACCUCGAAAGUUGCCCUUCGUGUUGGAUCAGCCGCAGGUCGGCAAUAAAAGUGGCGUUGAAAGCGGUCAUUCGUCCAGUAUUACCAUUGCAUCGCAGGAAAUGGAAAGAUCGAGGAGAACAAGCAAUCCAGAAUCCGGAGACGUUUCAAUAUUUCUCGAGAUCAAUACGGCUGUCGAAAUCGCUCUCCAAGACGACAAGGGAGGCUACCUUCAUUUGGAUGUGGAGUGGACGUUUUUCGAAUUCCUCGAGAAGCAGUUCGGCGAAGCAGACAUCAAGGUCGCUUCAGUUGUGACCCUCACUGGUUCGGUUUUGUAUGCGCAGGCGACAACUUGCGGCGAUUACAUCCGCACAACGUGGCCGCGCAAUGCCAUUUUUUUAAUUGGAUUACUCCAAGAUUUCUGGGCAAAGUACAGGAAACGCUCAGAACAGAGUCUCAACCAGUUCAGGGGGCAUUUGAAUAGCGAGCAUUUGGAAAUCAAGUAUAGAGCCUCGUCGACUGUGAUGGAGCUUGAAGCCACUGGGGAUGAAGAAACGAUACGGGACCUCGUUCAGAUGCUUGCCUGGGCUGGAGCAGCAUUUGGAUGUUCUUCCCCCGAUGAAAAUGUCGACUAUUGUCGUGCGGGCAUUUUAGCUUUCGGUUCCCACGUCUCCAUAGACUUUUGGAAAGAAACACUGCCCAAAAACGCAGAGGCUUGUUGGUUACCACUCUUCUCGGGAGUGUCGAUCGCUUACGGCUUUCCUAUACCUCGACGACGGGGUGAGAUUGGACUCGAGAUACCUCUGCAAAUCCUCACCGCGCUGUUGGGCGCCGUUCGCGCUGUCGAAUAUCAGGGCGGCGUUGUCAUCAAGGGAUUUUCCAGCAUGAUUGUACCUACUGAGAAGAGAAUUGAUAUUAUCCAGUGGCAUCUUUUAGCUAACACAAACUGUGAGGAGCGUCUCUCAUAUCGUGACGGUCUCCUGCGCUGCCCGAAGCGAGCUUUGAUGGACGAAGUCGACCUCGAAUGUCUUCAGAAGACGCGUGCGGUGCUUGGUUGGUGCUCUGCCACACGCUGUUCGCUUGGUAGUCAUGAUGCCAACUACAGCUCCAUCGACUACUCAGGCGCGGAAGAAGCUGGGGGGUCGAUCAGUUUUACAGGAGGAAGCUUAGGCUUUCAGCAAUUUGGCGUGGCACAAAUCGACUUCAAACUGGGCCCAAAGGACGGAAAAUGCCACUUCCAUCGCACUGGCCCUUACCGGAGCAUAGUGAGUGCGGCAGAAAAGACCCGAGUUGUCCUCUACGACACAUCAGAUCAACGAGGAUGGCUCGUACCGGCGUCAGAAGUCAUCCUACACAUGUGUCAACACCGUCACCGGCUCGAGCCGUUUGUGGUCGCCGGUUCAUCAGUCCUCCUGCCUUCUCCCGAGACCACAGGACAGUCUGUUAAAGAGGCUAAAGAGGUACUCUUGGAAAACGAGUCGCUUACUCUGACCGAAUCCUCGAACGAGAAAUACACCUUGAGAGACCUCGUUUUGAACUACUGGUCACUCCUCGAGUUCCUGCUUGACCAAAACGUGAGAAGGGAUCAAGCCCACGGAACGAGCAACCACUUCUCCCUACAAGAAGUGCUGCAAGGUUAUGAAUACAGGUCUGUGGUUGAGGAGCGCUCUCCUUUCCGGAAAAAGCGGACAACCCUGAGAAGGUCAUGUGGUGGCUGGCCAGCCCUAAUACGAGACGUCGACGCCGUGGUCCUUUUUGCCAGCGGAUUCGAGGACAUACUGCGUCCUCUGGAAAACGACCAGCUUCAAGAUAUAUGCGUCAAGUGGCGUUCCAUGCCCAGAGAGAUGAGCUAUCUUGCUACCACUGUCAAAAUCCUAAGAGACCUUUACGAAGUUGCUGGAAGUCGCUCAACCAGAGAAUACCUCACUUCGACUCGCCUACGAUGGGUACAGGGUAAAUCGAGUCUAUUCGAGCCUUGCACCUCUCCGGGAGCGUCCAAUUGUGACUGCGUACGCCUACAGAAUGUGACAAGAGGGUUCUUCACCAAGAGGCUAUUGGUUCCAGGGCCAGUCAUUGACGAGUUUGACCGCGGCGCGGUAAUUUUUGGUCGGUCUAGCUCUGCCUCGACAAAACCCAGGCCGAAGUUGGACGCGCUUGAAACGGGUGGGAUGAACAGCCAGCGAAAUGCGAUCUUUGCGCUCUUGGGGACAACCCAUCCGUCUCGAGAUGUUGAGCAUCGGUGUCAAGGAGAGCCUCUCCCUACUUUCGAGCCUUAG